UAUUUAAACCCUCGACCAUUUCUCCAAUCUAAUCUAAUUUGUAAAGUAUUAAAUAAGUUCAUUUCACCAAGAAAGGAUCAAAUCGGAGUUGGGAAAUGGGUUCCAAAAAUGUUGGAAAGGGGUUGUCUGCACUUGUAGUAGACGAUGACCCGGUUGCUCAGAGGAUCCACAAGGUGCUCUUGGACAGAUACGGUCUCCAAACUCAGGUGGUCAAGAACGGGGAGGAAGCUGUCGUGCUACACCGCUCCGGUGCUCAGUUUGAUCUUGUUCUCAUGGACAAAGAAAUGCCGGUUAAAGAUGGUGUCCAUGCUACACGAGAACUGCGGGAAAUGGGUGUGAAGAGCAUGAUAGUGGGCGUGACUUCGCAUGGACCUGGUCCAGACAUGGUUGCAUUUAUGGGGGCUGGGCUCAACCAGUGCUUCACAAAACCCCUCACUCCUGAAAUAGUUUACCGCCUAGUGGUAAGCUCCACCGGAAGUGACAAGUAAAUGAAUAGAUGUUGUCCUACGACUCCAAACAGGGAAAAACAUAGAUUUGGGGAAUAUCUUGUUUGGAAUGUUGUCAGUUUCUUCAAAACAUCUUUUCAGUUAUGAUCAAAUUUUACAUUUAUCUCUUUCCAUGUACAAGUGUUUAGAGUAUUUUACUUAUUUGGUAUUUGUCAAUUGCCC